UGCGCACAAGUGGUCGAACACUGCUGCCACAUUCCCCGCCUGAGGCUGAAGCCGAAAAGAAGUGCUCAUCCGCUUCUACUUUGUACAAAACAAAGCGAAUCCUUGCAGAAAUUAUCGUAAAAUAUUACUUAGAUCCACCCUCCCCUUGACACAGAAUAAAGUACCUACGUGACGUUUGAUCAAUCAUCGGCCCGACCUCUGGCUGACGUGGAACCAGUUCCAACAAACCCAUUCUCCCCGCUCCAUCACCAUGGCAACAGAGGAGAAGAAACCAGACACCGAAGCCACUAAAACACAGUCGACAUCAUCUGGCUCUGCCAGCCAGAGCAAGUCGGUGCCGGUGAAGCCAAACUACACCUUGAAGUUCACCCUAGCCGGACACACCAAAGCAGUCUCCUCAGUGAAGUUCAGUCCCAGUGGAGAGUGGUUAGCCAGCUCCUCUGCUGACAAAUUGAUCAAAAUAUGGGGGGCAUACGAUGGGAAGUUUGAGAAGACAAUAUCUGGACACAAACUUGGAAUCUCUGAUGUGGCCUGGUCUUCUGAUUCCAACUUGCUGGUGUCUGCCUCUGACGACAAGACUCUCAAGAUCUGGGAUGUCAGCUCGGGGAAGUGUUUGAAGACGUUGAAAGGCCACAGCAACUACGUAUUCUGCUGCAACUUCAACCCCCAGUCCAACCUGAUUGUGUCAGGAUCGUUUGAUGAGAGCGUGAGGAUAUGGGAUGUGAAAACGGGCAAGUGCCUGAAGACUCUACCAGCCCACUCAGACCCUGUCUCUGCUGUGCACUUUAACAGAGAUGGAUCCCUCAUUGUGUCCAGCAGUUAUGAUGGCCUGUGCCGAAUUUGGGACACAGCAUCUGGCCAGUGUCUGAAAACGCUAAUCGAUGAUGACAACCCCCCUGUGUCUUUCGUGAAGUUCUCCCCCAACGGUAAAUACAUUCUGGCUGCCACGUUGGACAAUACUCUCAAACUUUGGGAUUACAGCAAAGGAAAGUGCUUGAAGACAUACACGGGACACAAAAACGAGAAGUACUGCAUAUUUGCCAAUUUCUCUGUCACAGGUGGCAAGUGGAUUGUCUCUGGGUCAGAGGACAAUAUGGUCUACAUCUGGAAUCUGCAGACCAAAGAGAUUGUACAGAAACUACAGGGGCACACAGAUGUGGUGAUUGCCACUGCCUGCCACCCCACAGAAAACAUCAUUGCCUCGGCCGCGUUAGAAAACGACAAAACCAUCAAACUGUGGAGGAGCGACUGCUAAACUACCGAGCAGCCCUGCUGGGAAGGAGUGCCGAUUCCAAUGGGCUUAUUUUAUUUUUCUUUUUUUUGUAUGUUUCAUUUUUUGAGUAUAUAAGGAAAAAAAAAAAAACGAAAUGAAAGAAGAAAAUAAAAAAGGACUUUUUUUUGUCAGAUGGAGGCCUGGUAGAUCAGCCAAGGCCAGAGAGGAGCGCAUGAGCACACCAUGUCCUGAAGCAGUCCGCAAUCGCACAACUCUCGUCCCCCACCACCACCUCGUAGCUCCGCUAGCUCCUGCACACACACACACACACACGCACGCACGCACAUGGCUCACUACAACCUAACGCUUGUGCACUACAACACAACCACUUUCCGUUUCCUUCUCUGUCCCCUGGUCUCUCUCUCUCUCUUGGCCUUAUGUACUGUCUGGUGGAUGUUUUUUUUUGUCCCUUCCCUUUUUCUUCCUCUUUUUACUCGUCCGUCUUUGAGGGUUGCACUUCUCGCACUACGCCUCCCCAAGCAGCUUCUCGUAGUGAUGUCCUUGCUUUUUCUCUCCACACAGCAAAAUGAAGAAAAACGUACUCAAGUCUUACUUACUUAACCCUUUCUGCAGUGACAGCUCUUCCACACACCGUGCUCUGUAGGAUUCAGUCUUGUUGUGUUUACUUUUUUUUUCUCUCUCUCUGCUGUGCAUGAACUGUGACGGGGUCAACUCACACAGCCAUCGAACUCCCACUCCCAGAAGUGCGCUUUGUGUCACAUUAGGUUACCCUUUUUUUGUGUACUGUUCCUUUAAGUGGUCUUUUUGUUAUUUGUACUUUAAAGAUUGAAAAAAAAAAAAAGGUUUUAUGGGCAGGUGUUAGUUGGAAGAAAUUACCAGAAAAGAACUGUAGGGCAGCAGGCCCCUCACACACCAGUAUAGAUGACGAAAAUGCUUUUUAAAUGUCAGAAUAAUAGAGGAAGCCUUGAAACGAUCCAGUGUUCAAUGUCUGCAUACUACAGCAGUUAACCUGUUCAAUGGUGCUUACCGUACAGUGAACCAAGGGUGGCUAUGACUUUGUCUUAGUAAUUGUAAAUAGAGAUGGCAUCAGAUUAAAGAUUUUCACUCCGGAGUUAUUAGUUUAACCUUAAUUUAUGUUUUCGUUCAUAUAUUUGUACUCAGUAGUGUUUAAAAAAAAAAAAAGGUUUCUCGGUCGUCUGUAUUCUAAUCGUAACGUCGGCAGCUUUGUGUGUUGGACGCACAUGUUGCAGUGUCAGUUGUUUUUUUUUUUUGAAUGCAUGUUCCAUAAUUGUCAUUUACCACACAAUACAGUGAGGGGGUAAUGCUGUAUAUUUUAAGUUCUAUGGCAAUUUUGUUGUGCACACCUGGCUUGUUGUCUUCUUCACCAAGGGGUAUUCAAAGUACGUGGUUUAGGGUCAAAAACAGACAAACUCAAAGUAAGUGGUAAAACUCCCAAUAUAGGUUUUUCUCUGGUUUCUUUCUCCAUCAAAACCAAGCCAUAGAGCUACUCUUAGGUUUACCACUUAUUCUGAGGUAAACCACGUAGGUGAAAUACCCCACCAGUAGUGCAUAGUUUGAAAUAUAAACAGCUGCCCGUCACGGCACAGUCCAAGCUAAGAAUGCCCUCUCUUUAGAUGGGUUGUCACCAUGCCCAUAACUUAUUGGAUGAAUAAUUAUAUGGCAAGACUAGCUGGGUAUACGCUCAAAGUUCGUAAAAAAUAUAUUUAAAAAAUUAAGGGAAUUGAAAGGUGUUGACCAAGAUAUUGAGCUAAGACCACAUGGCUCAUAUUAAGACUUCUUUACUUGAGUUCCCCUCAUUGAGUUUCUCAAUUUUGCCCAUGAACCUGGCUCAGUAUCAAAG